AUGGCUGGUAAUCUUGUUUCAUGGGCCUGCAAGCUCUGUAGAUCUCCUGAAGGGUUUGGACCUAUAUCCUUUUACGGUGACUUUACUCAAUGCUUCAUCGACGGUGUGAUCCUAAAUCUAUCAGCAAUUUUCAUGAUAACCUUCGGUAUCAGAGAUUUAGUUAACCUUUGCAAGAAAAAACACUCUGGCAUCAAAUAUAGGCGGAAUUGGAUUAUUGUCUCUAGGAUGGCACUAGUUCUGUUGGAGAUAGCGUUUGUUUCACUUGCGUCUUUAAAUAUUUCUAAAGAAGAAGCGGAAAACUUUACCAUUGUAAGUCAAUAUGCUUCUACAAUGUUAUCUUUAUUUGUUGCUUUAGCCUUACACUGGAUAGAAUACGAUAGAUCAGUUGUAGCCAAUACGGUACUUUUAUUCUAUUGGCUUUUUGAAACAUUCGGUAAUUUUGCUAAACUAAUAAAUAUUCUAAUUAGACACACCUACGAAGGCAUUUGGUAUUCCGGACAAACGGGUUUCAUACUAACGUUAUUCCAAGUAAUAACAUGUGCCAGUAUCCUGUUACUUGAAGCUCUUCCAAAGAAGCCGCUAAUGCCACAUCAACACAUACAUCAAACUUUAACAAGAAGAAAACCAAAUCCAUACGAUAGCGCAAACAUAUUUUCCAGGAUUACCUUCUCUUGGAUGUCAGGUUUGAUGAAAACUGGCUAUGAAAAAUACUUAGUGGAAGCAGAUUUAUAUAAAUUACCGAGGAACUUUAGUAGUGAAGAACUCUCUCAAAAAUUGGAGAAAAACUGGGAAAAUGAGUUGAAGCAAAAAUCAAAUCCUUCAUUAUCAUGGGCUAUAUGCAGAACUUUUGGAUCUAAAAUGCUUUUAGCCGCAUUCUUUAAAGCAAUUCAUGAUGUUCUAGCAUUUACUCAACCACAACUACUAAGGAUUUUAAUCAAGUUCGUCACAGACUAUAACAGUGAGAGACAGGAUGACCAUUCUUCUCUUCAAGGGUUUGAAAAUAACCACCCACAAAAAUUACCCAUUGUAAGAGGGUUUUUGAUUGCGUUUGCUAUGUUUCUGGUGGGCUUUACUCAGACAUCUGUCCUGCAUCAAUAUUUCCUGAAUGUCUUCAACACAGGCAUGUAUAUUAAGAGCGCCCUAACGGCUUUAAUAUAUCAAAAAUCCUUAGUGCUAUCUAAUGAGGCUUCUGGACUUUCCUCUACCGGUGACAUUGUCAAUCUCAUGAGUGUGGAUGUUCAAAAAUUACAAGAUUUAACACAAUGGCUAAAUUUAAUAUGGUCAGGGCCUUUUCAAAUCAUUAUUUGCUUAUAUUCUCUGUAUAAGUUGUUGGGAAAUUCCAUGUGGGUUGGCGUGAUUAUACUAGUUAUUAUGAUGCCAUUGAACUCAUUUUUGAUGAGGAUACAAAAGAAGUUGCAAAAAUCCCAGAUGAAGUACAAAGAUGAAAGGACCCGUGUUAUAAGUGAAAUACUAAACAAUAUUAAAUCUUUGAAGUUAUAUGCAUGGGAGAAGCCUUAUAGGGAAAAGCUAGAAGAAGUAAGAAAUAACAAAGAGUUAAAAAAUCUUACAAAACUAGGAUGUUAUAUGGCUGUGACAAGUUUUCAGUUCAAUAUAGUACCAUUCCUUGUUUCAUGUUGUACCUUUGCUGUAUUUGUUUAUACUGAGGAUAGAGCAUUGACUACUGACUUAGUUUUCCCUGCUUUGACUCUGUUCAACCUGCUCUCAUUCCCACUAAUGAUUAUUCCUAUGGUUUUAAAUUCUUUUAUCGAAGCUUCUGUUUCUAUUGGUAGAUUAUUUACAUUCUUUACCAAUGAAGAGCUACAACCAGAUUCGGUUCAGCGUUUACCAAAAGUAAAAAAUAUUGGCGAUGUAGCCAUUAACAUUGGAGAUGAUGCUACCUUUUUAUGGCAACGGAAACCGGAAUACAAAGUAGCCUUAAAGAAUAUUAAUUUCCAAGCUAAAAAAGGAAAUUUGACCUGUAUUGUUGGUAAAGUUGGCAGUGGUAAAACAGCUCUAUUGUCAUGCAUGUUAGGUGAUCUAUUCAGGGUUAAAGGUUUCGCCACCGUUCAUGGUUCUGUUGCUUAUGUUUCACAAGUUCCAUGGAUAAUGAAUGGUACUGUAAAGGAAAACAUUUUAUUUGGGCAUAGAUACGACGCGGAAUUUUACGAAAAAACGAUCAAGGCCUGUGCGUUAACUAUUGAUCUUGCAAUUUUGAUGGAUGGAGAUAAGACAUUAGUUGGCGAGAAAGGGAUCUCCUUAUCUGGAGGACAAAAAGCUCGUUUGUCUUUAGCAAGAGCAGUUUAUGCGAGAGCUGACACUUAUUUACUUGAUGAUCCUUUGGCAGCUGUUGAUGAACACGUUGCCAGGCACUUGAUCGAACAUGUGUUGGGUCCAAAUGGUUUAUUACAUACAAAAACGAAGGUAUUAGCCACUAAUAAGGUGAGCGCGUUAUCCAUCGCAGAUUCUAUUGCAUUAUUAGAUAAUGGAGAAAUCACACAGCAGGGUACAUAUGAUGAGAUUACGAAGGACGCUGAUUCGCCAUUAUGGAAAUUGCUCAACAACUAUGGUAAAAAAAAUAACGGUAAGUCGAAUGAAUUCGGUGACUCCUCUGAAAGCUCAGUUCGAGAAAGUAGUAUACCUGUAGAAGGAGAGCUGGAACAACUGCAGAAAUUAAAUGAUUUGGAUUUUGGCAACUCUGACGCCAUAAGUUUAAGGAGGGCCAGUGAUGCAACUUUGGGAAGCAUCGAUUUUGGUGACGAUGAAAAUAUUGCUAAAAGAGAGCAUCGUGAACAGGGAAAAGUAAAGUGGAACAUUUACCUAGAGUACGCUAAAGCUUGCAACCCGAAAAGCGUUUGUGUAUUCAUAUUGUUUAUUGUUAUAUCGAUGUUCCUCUCUGUUAUGGGUAACGUUUGGUUGAAACAUUGGUCUGAAGUUAAUAGCCGCUAUGGAUCUAAUCCAAAUGCCGCGCGUUACUUGGCCAUUUAUUUUGCACUUGGUAUUGGUUCAGCACUGGCAACAUUAAUCCAGACAAUCGUUCUCUGGGUUUUUUGUACCAUUCAUGCCUCCAAAUAUUUACACAACUUGAUGACAAACUCUGUGUUGAGAGCCCCAAUGACGUUUUUUGAAACAACACCAAUCGGUAGAAUUCUAAACAGAUUCUCAAAUGACAUAUACAAAGUGGAUGCUUUAUUAGGAAGAACAUUUUCUCAGUUUUUCGUCAAUGCAGUGAAAGUCACAUUCACUAUUACGGUUAUCUGUGCGACGACAUGGCAAUUUAUCUUCAUUAUCAUUCCACUAAGUGUGUUUUACAUCUACUACCAGCAGUAUUACCUGAGAACAUCAAGGGAGUUGCGUCGUUUAGACUCUAUUACUAGGUCUCCAAUCUACUCUCAUUUCCAAGAGACUUUGGGUGGCCUUGCAACGGUUAGAGGUUAUUCUCAACAGAAAAGGUUUUCCCACAUUAAUCAAUGCCGCAUUGAUAAUAACAUGAGUGCGUUCUAUCCCUCUAUCAAUGCUAACCGUUGGCUAGCAUAUAGGUUGGAACUUAUUGGUUCAAUUAUCAUUCUAGGUGCUGCAACUUUAUCCGUUUUUAGACUAAAACAAGGCACAUUAACGGCAGGUAUGGUGGGUUUAUCAUUAAGCUAUGCUUUACAAAUCACUCAAACGUUAAAUUGGAUUGUUAGAAUGACUGUGGAAGUUGAAACGAAUAUUGUUUCAGUGGAAAGAAUAAAGGAAUAUGCUGAUUUGAAGAGCGAGGCACCUUUAAUAGUUGAAGGCCACAGACCACCCAAAGAAUGGCCGAGCCAGGGUGAUAUAAAGUUUAAUAAUUAUUCCACUCGUUAUAGGCCGGAGCUUGAUCUUGUUCUGAAGCACAUUAAUAUACACAUUAAACCAAAUGAAAAAGUUGGUAUCGUGGGUAGAACGGGUGCGGGAAAAUCCUCAUUAACGCUAGCAUUAUUCAGGAUGAUUGAGGCUAGCGAGGGAAACAUCGUAAUCGACAACAUUGCCAUCAACGAGAUUGGGUUAUAUGAUUUGAGACAUAAAUUGUCAAUCAUACCUCAGGAUUCUCAAGUUUUUGAGGGCACUGUUCGUGAGAACAUUGAUCCCAUUAACCAAUACACUGAUGAAGCUAUUUGGAGGGCAUUGGAACUUUCUCAUUUGAAAGAACACGUGCUAUCAAUGAGCAAUGACGGAUUAGAUGCCCAACUAACCGAAGGUGGUGGCAACUUAAGUGUUGGACAAAGACAAUUAUUAUGUCUUGCAAGAGCAAUGUUGGUUCCAUCAAAGAUUUUGGUGCUUGAUGAAGCCACGGCCGCAGUCGACGUGGAGACAGAUAAAGUCGUCCAAGAGACGAUUCGUACUGCUUUCAAGGACAGAACUAUCUUGACCAUCGCGCAUAGACUGAACACGAUAAUGGACAGUGAUAGAAUCAUAGUGUUGGACAAUGGUAAAGUAGCCGAGUUUGACUCUCCGGGCCAGUUAUUAAGUGAUAACAAAUCAUUGUUCUAUUCACUGUGCAUGGAGGCUGGUUUGGUCAAUGAAAAUUAA